AUGGUGGUGUUUAUAAUUCCUCAGCAGCUGUGGUGGGUGGGACUUCCUUGGUUAAAAGCUCAGUGCACCUUCUGCUCUCCUCACACUUUCUCUCUGCUCGCUGUGACAGAGCUCGGGUCCUCCAGUUGGUAUGAAGACCUGCGGCUCUGCUCGGCCACACCCGCGCGGCCAACCACCCCGCACUGUAGGCCUGGACCCAGAGGAAUCCUCUCUAAAGCUUGCACACCUAAGUUUUUAGAACACAGCCUCUUUCCUCUCAUUUUGACCCAAUAA